AUGAUUCCUGGCGUGAAAUGCAUGCUUGGUGUUGUCGUCGUGCAGUGGGUGGCCUUCACCCGGCUGGCCGGCGUGGAGCACGUCUUCUGGUACGACUGCGCGCACGACGCUUCGGAACGCCAGGCGGAAGCCCUCGGGCCCUUCAUCCGCGCGGGCUACGUCACCUACCUCCCGCUGCACCGCAUUCUCAGCGCCGCGUACAACGUCUUUCCCGAGCAGAACGGCGCGAUACUGCACUACCUCAAGGAGUAUCGCAACGCGUCCACAUGGGUGGUCUUCUGCGACGUCGACGAGUUCGUUUUCGACCCUCGGGACCUCCGCGCGGGCUUCCUCUACCGCUUCAUGCGCAACGUCUCGCUCGCGGAUCCCUCCGUCACCCAGGUUCUCGCGCCAAACAUUUUCUUUGUAGGCAACAGCGAAGCCCCUCGCUCCUCCCUGCUCUUCCGCCGCUUUAUUAAGUGCCAGCACUUAGCGAACUGGCGGCAGCACCUGCAGCGCUCCAAGCCCAUCGUGCGCGUGGAGGCGGUGGAGCAGUGGGCGGACAUGCGCGUGGCUCCGCACUUCUUCCCCAUGGCCGUGGGCGCAACUGAGCGCGCGGACCCCGCUCACCUGCGCAUGCACCACUAUUGGGGUCCGAGGGGGACAGGGUUUGGAGCAGAGACGACGGAGUUUGCGAAAGAAGUGGAGAAGGAUUCAACCAUUCAGCCUUUAGAGCUGCCUCUCACUCGAAUGUUGGACCCGGGCUUGCCGUAUCUCACCUACCUGGAGGCGAAGCGAAGGAUCCUGGAAGCAGCGGACAGUGCCAUGCGGCUCUCGUACACCCUUGCUGACCCGUUUGAAUGGCCUCUUGACCCCCAUGGACUCACCAUCACCAUCCCCAGCUCCGCGCUUCUGAUGUCACAGGUGCUGGGAAGUACUUUCUGCAAGAUGGAUGUCUGUUUGAUUUUAGCAAUUAGGAUUGGUGGCUCAGGCAUUGACAUCAGGAGCAAGGCUCGGACUCUCAAGGGACCCAUUGGACCAGAUGACGUGGCGAAGCUUCCCAAGUGGAACUUCGAUGGCUCCAGCACUGGCCAGGCACCCGGCGACGAUAGCGAGGUCAUUCUCUACCCGCAAGCAAUCUUCAGGGACCCGUUCCGCGGAGGAAACAACAUUCUGGUCAUCUGCGACUGCUACACGCCGCAGGGCCAGCCCAUUCCCACGAACAAGCGCGCUCUCGCCGCCUCCAUCUUCGACAAAGUCAAGGAGCACGAGGCCUGGUUCGGCCUGGAGCAAGAGUACACGCUGAUGCAGAAGGACGUCAAGUGGCCGCUCGGGUGGCCCACAGGCGGGUACCCCGCGCCGCAGGGGCCGUACUACUGCGGCACGGGCGCGGACAAGGCGUGGGGUCGCGACAUCGUGGACGCGCACUACAAGGCGUGCCUGUACGCGGGAGUUAAGAUCAGCGGCAUCAACGCGGAGGUCAUGCCCGGCCAGUGGGAGUUCCAAGUGGGGCCGUGCACGGGCAUUGAGGCGGGUGAUCACCUCUGGAUGGGUCGCUACCUGCUCGAGAGAGUGACGGAGAUGGCUGGUGUGGUUCUGACGCUCGAUCCUAAGCCCAUUGAGGGCGAUUGGAACGGUGCAGGGUGCCACACCAACUACAGCACCAAGGCGAUGCGUGAGGAGGGCGGGUACGACGUGAUCCUGAAGGCCAUUGAGAAGCUGGGCCUGCGGCACAAGGAGCACAUCGCCGCCUAUGGCGAGGGCAACGAGCGACGGCUCACUGGCAAGCACGAGACUGCUGACGUCAACACCUUCUCAUGGGGUGUGGCGAACCGUGGGUGCUCGGUGCGAGUGGGACGGGACACGGAGGCCCAGAAGAAGGGGUACUUUGAGGACCGCCGGCCGGCCAGCAACAUGGACCCCUACGUGGUCACCUCCAAGAUUGCCGACACCACCAUCCUCUGGGACCCCAAGGGUGAGACAGGCGUUGCCCUGCAAUGA